UCAAGGCACUGCUGCUACUGACCGUGAGCCAGUGAGUGAGUGAGUCAGUCAGUUGUUGUCAGUCAGUCAGUGAGUGCGAUGAGCUCCAGUUCCAGCAUAGCUCCGCUGUUCCGGUCCACGGAGGAACAGCUGACCCCACUCACUGCAACAGUAACAGGAAGUAUUCCAGAAUGGCUGGAAGGAAGAUACAUGCGAGUUGGUCCUGGAUUGUUUGACUUGGAUGAUUUUACCGUCAAUCAUUGGUUCGAUGGAUUCGCAGUCGUCUACAAGUUUGAAAUCUCUAAAAACAAAGUCACAUUUAUAAAAAAGUACCUGCAAUCCGAUGCUUACAAGAAGGCAAUGGCGGCCAAGAGGCCGGUCUACACAGAGUUCGGCACAAAGGCACAUUCUGACGUUACCAAAAGUAUAUUUUCUAGAGUUAUAUGUUCUGUUAUCCCAGAACUAACAGACAACUGUGCUGUUAACAUCUUCACAUUCAACGGUCAAGUGUUUGUAAGUUCUGAGUCUGCGAAUAUUCGGCAGAUCAAUCCCAAAACUCUUGAAACACUGGAUAAGAUAGAUCUGAGUAAAGUGGGAGCUACACUUAUCAGCAGCCAUUUCCUGACUGAUUCCCGAGGAGACAUGUACACCUUCGCAACUGAGAUAUUCACAAGUGCCAGCUACACUGUCAUCAAAGUGCCAGCCAGUGACAGCAAGAAUCCGUUCAAAAAGGCCAAAGCUUUGUGCACUUUCAGCCCUAACAACAAAGGGCCCAGUGUCUACCAUAGUUUUGCAGCAUCAGACAACUACAUAGUGUUUAUUGAGCAACCUCUGAUCCUGAACAUGCUGAAGCUAAUCUCCGCCACUGUCAAGGGCCGCUGUCUCCAUGAAUGUAUGGAGUGGCAGCCUCAUCUUCUGAAUACUUUUUACAUAAUUGACAAAAGGACAGGAAAAGUUCUACCGACGAAAUACAUCUCAACAAAACCGUUUUUUGUGUGUCAUCACAUCAACUGCUACGAAGAAGACAACCAGCUGGUCGUAGACGUGAUCAAGUAUGACACACCUGAUCUAUUUGACAAGAUGUUCCUCAACGUUGUCCGUCAAGACAAGUUUGACAUCACAAAUGGUGGUUGUGUCCAACAGUUUGUCCUGCCAUUGCUCCAACCUAAUCAGCAGGUCGUAGACCUGAUCAAGUAUGACACACCUGAUCUAUUUGACAAGUUUGACAUCACAAAUGGGGGUUGUGUCCAACAGUUUGUCCUACCAUUGCUCCAACCUAAUCAGUUUGUCCUGCCAUUGCUCCAACCCAAUCAGGAGCUGACAGAGGGCCAGAAUUUAGUGACAGUGAAGUCUUCAGCUACUGCAGAGUGGAGAGAAGACACUGUUCAUCUGACAGGGCACACUCUCAGUGAGCAACGAGGUUACGAACAGCCCUGCAUCAACCCUUGCUACCGAGGGCGCAAGUAUCGUUACUUUUACGCCUCGGCCAUGAUUGACUGUGGACCGCUUCGUAACUCGCUCGUGAAGGUGGAUACAGCCACAGGAUCAGUGCAGGUGUGGAAAGAAAGUGUGACAUCAUACCCUGGGGAACCCCAGUUUGUGCCGAACCCCAUGGGGCAGUCAGAGGAAGACGGGGUAUUACUUGUCCCGGUCACCAACACCGACCCCGCCAUCGAUGAUUCCCUUGUUAUCCUUGACGCUGCCACUCUGAAGGAGAUCGGCAGAGCCAGCAUCACUUGCCACCUUCCCAACCUCAUGCACGGCCUCUUCAUCUCUGACAAAUAAUGUGAUUUAGAGUAGAACUGUAUAAUUAUUAAUUUUAUAAUAAAUAUUGUGAUUACUUC